AUGACAAAUCAAAUGGAAAUAACAUCAAGAGCUUUAACUAGAUUAAAUGAGCCUAAACAGUUUCCUACUUUAAAUCUCUUACAAGCAGAUCAAUCUACAUUAAAUAUCGAUCAAUGGAAUCUUAUUUCAAAUUUAUCACAUUGCUAUGAUGAAUAUAGUGGACUAUCAAUGGGUGAACGUAUUAUGCGUGAACAAAAUGCUCUACCUCUUAAGUUACGUUUGAAAAGUGCAUCAUUGAUCGAGUUUACCCGAAUAGCAUUAGAUGGACUUCGAUUAUUAUACGAAAAGAAUCAAGAUUUUGUUUCUUUAUCGGUAUAUGAUCGUUCUAUUUUACUUCAAAGUACAUUGAAACAUACUGGAUGUCUUGCUACGAAUUUUCUUUUGUAUAAAGUUGGAGCAAUGGAUUAUCCCAUGUAUUACGAUACUAUUCAAAAAAUUGCUAACUCAUCUGUUGUACCUAUUGCUAAAUGUUUAUCAACUCAACUCGAUUUCGAUAUGAUCAUUAAGAAACUGCUUCUUGCCAUUGUCUCUUUCUACACAAUCAACCUUAUAGGUUAUACAAAUAUUUCUUCAAUAAAUUUAUCAAAUAUCAAACAAAUUUUACAUAUUCAAGAUAUAUAUAUUGAAUUACUAUGGCGAUAUUUACUCUAUAAAUACAACUUUGAACAAACUGUUAAAUAUUUUUCUGAUAUUCUAAGAUGUUUAUUUACUGCCAAUGAAAUUAUAUUUACAAUAGAAGAAGUUCAAUGGUACAAAGAUCAAACUGAUUCUCUUGUUCAACAGACCGAGCAAACUCUUAUUCUCAAUGAUUAA